AUGGCUGCGGAGGAGAGCCAGGUGCUCGUGCGCUUCUUUACUAAGCUACCACAGGAGCUGCAAGUUCCCGACACCGAAGUGGCCGUGCCUUCCUCGUUGAAGCGCUAUGGAUUGUCGCAAGUCAUUAACCACCUGCUGGCGCUGGAUCCGCCACGGCCGUUUGACUUUCUCAUCGACGGGGAGCUGCUUCGCAAGUCCCUAGCCCAGCACCUGCUGGAUCACGGCCUGUCGCCGACCGGUGUCUAUGGUUUCGCAGGGCAGGGCAGCUGCCUCGCCAGCUUCGCUGCGCACCCUGGCGGCGUCACAGCGGCGGCCUGGCUACCGGCGGCGCAGGGCUCCUUGAUGCUGACAGCCGGCAAGGACGCGGCCGUGCACCUUUGGCAGCUGCCGGCGGCUGCCGGGGCCACGGGAGCGGACUCCAAAAUCAAGGCAGGAUUCGCGGCAGUGGACGGCCCCACGCUAGUGUCGUCCUGCCUGGGCCACAGCGACACGGUGGCAGCGCUGGCCACAAACCAUGCCGGGGACCUCGCAGCAACGGGCGGGUGGGACGGCAAGCUGCUGCUGUGGCAGACAGGUGGCCUUUUGGCCAGCGGGGGCUGGGACCACAGUGUGCGACUGUGGGACGUGGUCAGCGGGCGUGCAGUGGCGACAUACAACGGCAGCAAGGCGGUCUACGCUGUCGCAGCAGCGCCUGUGGGCAGCAGCGGCGUGCUGGUCUUUGGCGGCGCGGACACCUGCAUCAGGGUUUGGGAUUCUCGCGCGCGCGGUGAGGCGCUGUCGGUCAAGGGCUAUGCUGCAGGGGACUCGUGGCUUGCCGGGCUAGCUUGGCGGCCGGAGGGCGGCGGCGGCACUGGCAGCGAGCACCACGUGGCAGGUGUCUCCCAUGACGGCAGCAUGCGUAUGUGGGACCUUCGCACAUCGGUGCCCCUGGGAACGGUCAAGCAGCACGCCAACAAGGCGCUCGCUGUCACCUGGUGGGGGCCGCACACCAUCGCCAGCGGUGGGGCUGACUGCAAAUUGCAGCUUUAUGAGCUCCUUGCCGAGCCCUGA